GUGAUCGAAUCGAUGGAGGUGGAAGGCGAUUCCUUGUGGGUGAAGGUCAAAGCUGACAAGGCUUUGUUGAAAUACAUUGUGCCUAAGGGAUUUGUUGCUGUUGAUGGGACGAGCUUGACCGUCGUUGAUGUCUUUGAUCAAGACAGCUGCUUUAGUUUCAUGUUGGUUGCUUAUACGCAGCAGAACGUCGUCAUCCCGACUAAGAGGGUUGGCCAAAAAGUCAACCUUGAGGUUGACAUCAUGGGCAAAUAUGUUGAGAGGCUUCUCUCCACUGCUGGCUACACGUCAGAGGAAAAGAAGGUGUGAUGAUUUCAUGGGGACCUGGGAGAGUUUGGUGAGUGGAGCUUUGACCUGUGUUGCCCUUGGUUUCUAUGUAAGAUGUCUCUGUUUCUUUGUAAUGACGGUAGUGAACAAUCCACGUACUUAGAGGCGCGGUGACAGAAAUCGAUGAACCUCAUCAUCCAGUAAUUUAUCAAUUCAUUCAUCUUAUAAACCAAAGAAUCAAAUUGUGUAAUAUGGCAUUGCCUAUGUUAAAACUUAGAUUCUGUUUUGCUUCU